AUGUUAGAUGAGCUAUAUGCUCAGAAACUGAAGUACAAAGCCAUCAGUGAGGAGCUGGACCACGCUCUCAACGAUAUGACUUCCAUUAUAUUGCUGAAAGUUGAUGCUGUCCAUCGUAGCAGCAAGGAGCUCGCCUGUGCAGUUUCUCGAGCUGUCUGUGCUCGGUUCUCACAAAGUGCAUUUUUAGUGGCACAGAACAUGUCUGCAGAGCGAAACGAAGGUGUAAUUGCAGCGCAGGGACCAUGUGAGACUGCAUGCAACUGCCUUAAAGGAUUCUUGGUGGUGAGUCUAAAGCUGCCCCGUGUCGAGGUGAGUGAGCGCAGCCCUGCUUUGCUGAGAGACCCAUUGUGUCGCCCCGUUCUUUAUCAUCCGAGUCAAUGUAAGAAUGCAGAAAAUCCUGCUGCAAAAGGCUUCCAGAGGGCCAUCGAGCGGAGCAGGGACCUGCUGCGGAGGAUUAAGGAUGAAGCAGGAAUCCCAGGCAUACUAAUUGGAGUUUCGGUAGACGGAAAGGAAGUCUGGUCAGAAGGUUUAGGUUAUGCUGAUGUAGAGAAUCGUGUAGUAUGUAAGCCAGAGACGAUCAUGCGAAUUGCUAGUAUUAGCAAGUGUCUUACAAUGAUGGCUGUUGCUAAAUUGUGGGAAGAGGGGAAACUGGAUUUAGAUGCUCCAGUGCAGAAAUAUGUCCCUGAAUUUCCAGAAAAAGUCUACGAGGGUGAAAAGGUCGCUAUUACUACAAGACUAUUAGUUUCACACUUGAGUGGGAUUCGUCACUAUGAAAAAGAUAUUACAAAAGUAAAGGAAGAAAAGGAAAAGGCAAACAGAGCACCUAAACUAACAAAACCCUAUCAGGAUAAAGACCAAAAAGAAAAAGAAGGCAAAGAGAUUGAAAAGACUGAUUCUGUCAAACCGAGAAAAGAACGUGAAGGUGAGGUAAAAAGCCGAAAUUCAAAACCUGGCAGGAGAGACAAGGAAUUUGAGCAAGAAGAGUAUUAUUUGAAGGAAAAAUUUGAAAGUGUGAUUGAGUCACUGAAGAUAUUUAAAAAUGAUCCUUUAUUCUUUAAACCAGGUAGUCAGUUCUUGUAUUCAACAUAUGGCUUUACUCUCUUAAGCGCUGUUGUGGAGAGAGUUUCAGGACAAAAAUUUACAGAUUAUAUGCUAAAAAUGUUUCGUGAUUUGGAUAUGCUAUCAACUGUACUAGAUGACAAUGAAGCAAUGAUAUAUAACAGAGCAAGGUGUUAUGUUUACAACAAAAAGGGACGGCUGGUAAACGCACCAUAUGUGGACAACUCUUACAAGUGGGCUGGUGGUGGCUUUCUGUCAUCAGUAGGUGACCUUCUGAAAUUUGGAAAUGCCUUGUUAUACAGUUAUCAAGCUGGACAAUUUAAAAACAGUAAUGGCAAACUUCUUCCUGGGUACCUCAAACCAGACACAGUCGCAAUGAUGUGGACCCCGGUGCCAAAAACAGAAGUAUCGUGGGACAGGGACGGUAAAUACGCGAUGGCUUGGGCUGUAGUAGAGAAAAAACAACAAUGUGGCUGUUGCAGACAGCAGAGACACUAUGCAUCUCAUACGGGUGGUGCAGUGGGGGCAAGUAGCGUCCUCCUGAUUCUUCCUGAAGAGUUGGACUCUGAAGCUAUAGAUACUGGGCUAGUGGCACCACCUAGAGGAGUAAUUGUUAGUAUUAUCUGUAAUAUGCAAUCGGUUUCACUCAACAGCACUGCCUUAAAGAUUGCAAGGGAAUUUGAUAAAGAAAAAUGGGCACAAUAUAUAGAUUAAAAAAGAGGUACGUGUAACUGAACUCGCUGUACUGCAACACGAAAAACAAAUGGAGAAGGGUGUAAUUGGACUUUGAGAUCACUAAGAAUACGUGAAGAAAAAGCAUCAAAAAUUCACUUCAUUAACUUCUGCUAGUGGUGCUAAACUAACGUGUAACUGGAAUUCAUCUCUCAGGGAAGUUCCUAACUUACGGAAAAGGAGAAUGUAACAGUCAAAUUUGACUUUCUGUAGUACCUGUCUAAAUUGUCAUUAUAUUAGCAGGUUGUUUUUCUCAUCCAGUCAAGCACUUGACCAAGAUU